AUGGGGGCCAGCACCGCGGGGGCCAGCAGCACGGGGUCCAGCAGCUCGAGGGCCAGCAGCUCGGGGGCCAGCAGCUCGGGGGCCAGCAGCUCGGGGGCCAGCAGCUCGGGGGCCAGCAGCUCGAGGGCCAGCAGCUCGGGGGCCAGCAGCUCGGGGGCCAGCAGCUCGGGGGCCAGCAGCUCGGGGGCCAGCAGCUCGGGGGCCAGCACCGCGGGGGCCAGCACCGCGGGGGCCAGCAGCCCGGGGGCCAGCAGCCCGGGGGCCAGCAGCCCGGGGGCCAGCAGCGCGGGGGCCAGCAGCGCGGAGGCCAGCAGCGCGGGGGCCAGCACCGCCACCGCGGGGGCCAGCAGCACGGGGGCCAGCACCGCGGGGGCCAGCACCGCGGGGGCCAGCACCGCGGGGGCCAGCAGCACGGGGGCCAGCAGCACGGGGGCCAGCACCGCGGGGGCCAGCACCGCGGGGGCCAGCACCGCGGGGGCCAGCACCGCGGGGGCCAGCAGCACGGGGGCCAGCAGCACGGGGGCCAGCACCGCGGGGGCCAGCAGCACGGGGGCCAGCACCGCGGGGGCCAGCAGCUCGGGGCACCGCGGGGGCCAGCACCGCGGGGCCAGCACCGCGGGGGCCAGCAGCACGGGGGCCAGCAGCACGGGGGCCAGCACCGCGGGGGCCAGCACCGCGGGGGCCAGCAGCACGGGGGCCAGCAGCACGGGGGCCAGCAGCACGGGGGCCAGCAGCAGCACGGGGGCCAGCACCGCGGGGGCCAGCACCGCGGGGGCCAAGUGGGACAUCCUGCAGCUGCUGAGCAUCAACGGGUCGCAGACGGGGGUGUCGGCGGCCAGGGGCCCCAUCCCGGACACCCCGGCCUGGAGGCUGCGGGCCCUCUACGACAACAUCCAGCUCGACUCCUCCACCGUCCCCAAGAUCGCCUCCACGCUGCACGAUCAACUGAGUCUGUACUUCGUGUACAAGCAGCACAAGAAGACCAUCGGCUCCCUCAUCUCCAUCAACCUCCCGGGCAAGAUCAAACCUUUCCUCCAGGUAAUCUCCAACCUCAAGUCUCAGCAUCUCAACUUCUUCUACCACAUCAAGGAGGACGCCAAGACCCACCAGGCCUCCUUCAAGCUCCCGGAUAAGGUCGGGUGGACGUGGACGCGACUGUUGAUCAGCGUCAACCAGACAGACGUGCGCGUGUGGGUCAACUGCGCCGACUACGACAAGCAGCGGCUGGCCGGCCACAUCGACCUCCAGAUCCCCGAGAGCGGUCUUAUCUAUUUUCGCCAGGAGCCCGGACUUAAGAACAAGCUGAUCGGGAGCAUCCAGAUGGCCAAGCUGAUGAACUACAGCGAGAACGACCGCGUGUGGAACUGCUCCUACGACUCCCAGUUCGGUCCAGGUUGGCGUCCUCCUCUCAUUGGCUAACUGGCUGGGGGCGCCGCCCUCCGCCCUGCCCCUCCUACACCCCAGGACGCUAACUCACCCACCUUGCACUCCUGCCUACUCUCCCGCCUAACAUCAGCAUGCCCGCCUGCCCCGCCACACCUAACUCGGCCCGUCAACUUAUGAGGACUGGUUAAACCGGCUCAGCCAGCAGGUUAACUGGCCUGGGCCCGAUACUGCUCUCCUCCACAGCUAACUCGCCCACUAACACACCCAUAUGACGCCACAAUUGGGCUCUUCCGUGAGGAAUUAACCCGCGUCUGGAAGAAACAAACUUGAAGCAUGUUGUACAGUUGACUAAAGAGAGGCGUCCACGGCACUGUCCAUGAGGCGUGAGGCUCCUCACUUGGCGCAGGUAACAGGUGGUCAUGGGUCAGUGUGUCUUGUACCGAGGUGAAGGGUCAUGCAGCGUGACCCGGGGACCACACCAUCACUUCCUUGGGGGAGGCAUGAAGGCAGGACGCUCUCCUGCCUUCAUGCAGGCGUGUGACCUGCCCGGGACACCCACUCCUGCCUGUCUCAGACGGGCUGCCACCUGUCUUAUACACGUCCCAACCCGUCUUACACGUCCCAACCCGUCUUACACGUCCCAACCCGUCUUACACGUCCCAACCCGUCUUACACGUCCCAACCCGUCUUAAAGCUCUGCUACAACUUCCGGUUGUUUGAUAACAUCUUAUGAUAAUGUUAUGUUAGUGAGAGAAUACAAGAGUAUUCAUAUUGUAAUAGUUUAAGUGUCGUACUAGAGAGUUAUGACCAGGUGACACACCAGGAGGACCAGGUGACACACCAGGAGGGCCAGGUGACACACCAGGAGGGCCAGGUGACACACCAGGAGGACCAGGUGACACACCAGGAGGACCAGGUGACACAC